AUGUAUACACAUAUACCAUUUCAAUAUGCAAUUUCAACCACCAAUUUAUAUGGUGGUGAUGACAAUAAUAAUAAUGAUAAUAAUAAUAAUAAUAUUAAUAAUUAUAAUAAUUAUAAUUUCUUUGCGAAAUAUAACAACAACAACAACAACAACUGUGACCACCUCUAUCAACAAGAAUCACCAUUCUUAUCGGUUUCCAGCUGUAGUGCUCUAGCUGAUGCUGAAUAUGCAUGCUUUUUUGGUGAUGACUGUGAAGAGAUCCCUGACUUUGACAAAGAACUCGAGAAUAGAGACCUGAAAAAGUUGGAGUUUUUAAAUCAUGCUGAAGAUGAACAGUCCGAAGAACAGCUGGAACCACCUUCAAUGGAUCAAUUGGAAAUCGAUGAAGAUUAUCAAGAAAUGGAUGCUGAAGACAUUUCAGUGGUCAAAUCCGAAGAAUGCGAUGAAGAUGUUGUUGUAAAAGUAGAAGUUGAAGAUGAGACCGCACCAGAGGAUGCUUAUAUGCAAGAUUGGUCAGAAGAAGAAGAAGAGCAGGAAGAAGAGCAGCAGGAAGAAGAAGAAGAAGAAGAAGGCGUACUUGUAAUUGACAUUGAUGCUGAAAUUGAAAAUGAAUUAAAUCCAUCACUCCAAUCUUUAAAAGAAAAAUUAAAAGGUCUGAGAGUCAACGAAUACUUGGAGCGUGUUGGAAUCAACAAAGGAUACCUACCAGAGAAACCACCUAAAAUAGAAAAAGAUGAAGAACAAGAAGUAGAAGUAAAAGAAGAACAUGAAGAGGAAGACGAAGAACAAAAAGAAGAAAAAAAAGUGAAACGUGUUGCUGCUCCUGCUGCUGCUGCGCUUCGAGAUGAACCAUAUUUCAUUGAGAAGAAUCAACUUGGAUUGCCAGCAACACAUUGGAUCAAGAACAAUCGGUUGUUGUUUGAUGCAGUCGAGCGUAUCAAACGAGAGGGACUGGACUAUCUUAGCAAUUUGGUAGAGUCGAUUCAGAGUGUUACCACCGACUAUGUCACCGGUAAGCCUAAAUUGAGAAGAAGAGAGACCAUGACCAUCGCACAAAAGUUGCAAUUCGCAAGAUAUCACAAUUCAACACCAAGCAUUGAACAGAAGCGUGAGUUGGCAAAACUCACUGGACGCUCACUUGAACAAGUAUCCACCUACUUUACCAAUCGUCGUAGAAGCGUGCCAUCAUCCAAAAAGAGAUCGAGAAGAACAACUACCACAACCACAACAACUCCAACUAAAAGAUCAUUUAUUUCCCGUAGAAAAUAA